AGACGAUGCUGUGACGAUGUCGAGAAGAUGUGAAGAGGAAUAAUGUUGCAAAGGUGUCGAGAAUAUGCCAAGAAGAUGUGGAAGAUGAUACUAAGAAGAUGUCAUGGACUACUGGUAGAGAAUUUGCUGAUGUUGGCAGUCAUAGACUGCUUAGUGGCAAAGCAUGAUGGCGCUUGAGAGUUCAAGUGUUCGGAGAUUCAUAGCUUUCCUUGUCAUUGGAAGAAUUAGAAUUCUUACUUGUUGAGGACUUCUGGUAGCAAAUUUGCUGACAUUAGCAAAACCCGUCAAAGGCGGAGGAGAGUGAUGGCAGUGAUCAGAGAGGCAUAGGUGCCUUGCCAAUUGGGAGAGUUUGUACUGUUGGUGUAAUGUACUGUGAGCCAGUGAGAGCUCACACCGUUGCUUCAUCGCCCUUGGCUGUCAUGAGUCAGGACAUCAACUAGUACAUUACUUGAAGCAAUGUAACAACACAGAGUGAUGGAGGUGGGCAGACCGACAGGUGUGAGUUGCAAGCAAAGAACUUGUCUGUAUACCAUUUAACCAGAGACAGAAAGACAGUGGCUAGCUGAGGUAUACUUAUUCCUUUUUUUUAAUUAAAAAAAAAAAUUAUUAUUCCAUUUUGUUCGGUAUGCUUUCAACUGGCAGCAUGUGUGUUGGCGAAAGGUCCUAAAGGCGCUUAUGGUACAUAUAUGCCAUCCUGAGUCGGAGUUUGGUAGAUAUCUAGCUGUCCUGUUCCUUGAGAUAUCAUCACUGAACUGAUGGCCCCCCGAGUAAUACAGAAUGGAUUUGUUCUGUUCAUCUGAUAUUAUCUGGAUUUGACUCAUUCGAGCUCGAGCCUGUAUUUCAGCAGUUCAUGGGUGUAGCUCGGCUCGUUGGUGUCUAGCUGUCCCAUUCCGUUCCGCCGAAUCAUCUGAUAGUAUCUGGAUUCGAGCUCGAGUCUGUAUUUCAAUAGUUCGCGGGUGGAUUAACUGAGCUAGGCUCGUUGGUGUCUAGCUGUCAUGCCGAUUCAUCUGCUAGUAUCUGGAUUUGAGCUCGAGUCUGUAUUUCAAUAGUUCAUGGUUGUACCAACUGAGCUAGGCUUGUUGGUGUCCACACUGUCUAGCUGUCCCAUCACUCCGCCGAUGGUUCCGGUUUACCACAGUUUAGCAGAGUUCUGACUAGAUGUAAAAUGCACCGCUAGGUGGGAAACGGACGGCUAGGUUUCAAAUGGACAGCCGGCGCCGAUCGGAGAGCAGCCCGGAUGUGUUCCAUAUCCAUUUAAACCACCAGUACUUGGCCCAGCUAUCGAUGCCGAGCCUGGAAUGCCCCUGCAACGUUAUCUCCUCAGCAUUUGGCUUCAUCAUCUCGAACGAGGUUGGACGACUUCAGAAUCGCAAUGAAGCAGAGCGUGGGGAGGAGAACGGACCUUGUCAGGCCCAUGAGGAAGAGCACCAAAAUCCCUCAUGUCAGUCAAAUGCAGGCCCGAUGGUUGGCAGCGAAGCGAAGGAGCAGGCUAUGGAGGUCGAUAUGCUUUGGGAAUUCGACAGACGAGUGCCAGACGAUCACCGUGCAGGACCGAGAUGCUAUAGUUAUCCUCAACCACCCGAUGAGCUCAACAAUGAGGAGUAUGAAGAGCUUCUGCUCACCAUGGAGAGAGCUCUAUAUGAGGAUCUUAGGCAAGAGGCAGAGAGAGAAGAAGCAAGGACUAUUCGAGAAUUUGAGAUUUCACACGCCAUGGAGGAUGCCGUUUUCCUAGAUGCUGUGGACCGCUUCGAAGAGGAUAAGGAGAGUGGGGUGGUGAUCUGCCCACUUUGCAAGGAGAAAUACGUCAGGCAAUGCGGUCCUGUUCUUUUCUGCGAAUGCCGACAAUUCAGGCUGGACACGCAAGAUCGCAAGCCGUACCGGCGUCCUGUAGUUACCGCCCUUCCCCACGUGUCGUUCAUGGCCGAUGUCUUCCGGAGACUACCGCUGCUGUUCCUGGUGUUGGUCACACUUGUCCUUGUCGUCGUCUUCCACGUGUGCAUCCUCGGUAGGCUGCCUGGAUGCACGAGCAAGAGGCGUUCCUCGACGAAGGGCGUCAUCAUGGAAGGGCGGCAGGCGAAAAACACGACUCCAGUGGACCGAGUCGCAAGCCACGGGGCGCGCAACGUCCCGACAUGCUCUGCAGUGCCACGGUACGAUGCAUCUGCAUACGCGCACUUGCCACCACACGAACAACCCCUGCCAGACACGUCAGAUGAGGAGGAGGAACCACGGUCACGUACCGUGGCACUGGGAAGCACCUCCACCCAGGAGUGGGUGGGGAGCCAGUUGUAUGGGAAUCGUGAGACGACGUGUCAACAGUCUUUCAGCGAACUACUGGAAGACAACAUUCGUGAAAGCGACGACGCAGCCGGCGUGAAUCUUUCAUUCGGUUUGUGUAGCGGGAGCUCAUCAGCCAUGAUCUGCACUCUCCUCGUCAACCCCCACCCCGAAGACGACGCGGGGCAAGUGACAGCAGUCGGCCGAUCAGCAAAGGCUACGAGUGGGGAGUGGGUGGCAUCACAAAAGACAAGGGAGCGUUCGAUAGUCCAGUCGCAGCCGUCAUCAGCACCACAUGGUGCUGCCAGUCGUCCGAAGUGGAUGCAGCCACCAUCGCCGUUGUCGGGGGGUGGAAGCAAGGGUGGCCGCACGGCUGGCCACGUGUCCACGAACGAAGAUUUCGCGAGCGCUCCCGGUGAACGGUUCGGGAGGCAGGUGUGGGUGGAACAUCGGCAGCAGGUGCGCAGGGAACGUGAGGAAUGCAUAAUGUGGGGGGUCCAGCGACUGCACGUGCGGGAAGGGAUGGCAGAGAAGGAGCCGGCGGUAGUCGAUUGCGACGAUUACGACGACGCCACCUCGGACGACGAACGACGGGACGACGAGACGACCGACGUUCAGCAGAUCCGACAGAAAACCAUGGGUGGUCGGAGUAGGAUGCCGAAGGCUUCUUCGUCGACGGUGCGAAGGGGGAAAAAAGGGGCGGCUGCGGGGAGCGAGGGGGAAGGCGACGUGGAGGGCGAGGCCGGGUGAAACUUCUGGUCGGUCGACCACAUGGUCGCCCUCAUAAGGGCGAAGUGGGACCAGGACGUGCAUCUGCAAAGGAUGGGCCGCGCAUGCG